AUGGCGGAUGACGACCAAUUUAUGGACAGGUAAUUUUUUACAAAUCCAAUUUAUCUUGGGUAAGAGAUGUCAAAAAGAUUUGUUUUAACUAUGUGACUGUUUUGGUACCUUUUACAGGAGAUUUAUAUAAACUUUUAUUGGCACAUAGUGUUUAUCUAUAUACAAUAAAACACAAUAGAACCAUAAACAGAGGCUCAAAGCACAAGUUUAAGUAAAUGUAAUGUAAAAAGGGUGGACAUUUGAUAUCUUACCAACAAAAGGGGUUAAAAUAGUUAAAGAAUUAUUAAAUAAUUGAUGGUCUCAUGAUUAAAAUGUCAGACUGAUGCUUGGAUUCGUCUUCAUUGUUUAUUUUAUGUAUAUUGUGUGUCCAGUCUUGAAGAUUUAGCCGAUUUCUCAGAUUCUGGGAGUGACUAUGAAGCCACGCUGCAACCCGCCAAGAGGAGCAAACGAGCUGUCACUGGACUUAAGGUGAGUGAUUUUAUUUCUUUACAGAGUUUUUCCAUUAAUUUCUUAUUAAACGUCAUCACUGUUAAUAUUACACUUAUUUUUCUAUGAUUACUGACAUCAUAGCCAUUAGUAUUUUUCACUGCUGUGCUCAUCGCUGUUCUUUCCCAAUUUGUCAGUCUCUUGCCACUAACAGUGCCAGAUGCUCAAAGACGCAUUAAUGUAGGUUGUAUAUAUAAGAUAUAGCAAAGAGUAUGAUCUAGACCUACUUGGUAUAAGUAAAAUGUCCAAAUGUAACAUUUCUUAUGAUUUUAGGCUAUGCAAAAAUAAAUUAUAAAAUGAAAUGAUAUUGAUUAUGUUCAUUUAGAGGCUUAGAAAUGGAGUAUAUCACAGCUGUUUUCAUGCAAAUGAACCACAGUGCAAAUUACCAAGGGUUUCACACUUUUUAUUUAGAUCAGAAAGGCUAAACUGGUGUCAAAAUAUAUGCAGCACUGAGGUUCAAGCAUGCACCUCAUCUUGCCAUGGCUACCACUAAUUCAUUUGACAACAUGAAUUCACUUAAAGCCCCCUGCCAAGCUGCCCUCCCAUCUUUCUUUCAUCUCAAGCCACCCAAGAGACCCAAGCAAAGAGCUGCAUCAAGGGUGUCAUCCAGCCUCCUUCCUCCAGACUCCUCCCUGCAACAGCAGAGGCACUCCCGAGGGACAUCGAGGCAGGCUUCUAGACCUGUGGGGAGUGUGAACAAGCCUGUCCAGGACAUCAGUGCAGAGGAAAUCUAUGAUGCGGUCUGCUCUGGAAAAACUGCCAUGGUGGUGAGCAAACCUGAGAUGGAGAACACAGAAGGAAGUGGGUGGGAUGUAAACAUAAAUGCUGGGAGGUGGUGAAGGAGGCAUGUAUAGUGAUAUGAGAAACAGGACUCUAAGAGCUCACAAUGGGACAGAUUAUAUCUUCUGUCAGCGGCUGACUGAUGUGACCCAACAGAAUUGCCUUUGAUACGCAAAAAGGAAAAGGUGUUUUGAUGCUGGGUUAUUUGGUCAAUGAUUGACAGCAUGCUUCCAUCCCAACCUUUGUUUUGUCGGGCCCUGUCUCCUCCGGUUAAAGACUGAAAAAGAAAGAACACAUAACAAAAGGAAGGGGGACAAAAAAGUGUGUUGAGCUGUAAUAAAAAGGGUCUGUCGCUACAGUGGAGAGCCGUGACACAAUAGAGACUGUGAUUCUGGGUAAAGGCCCACUUUCACAUUGCACGUUUAGAAAAUCGAGUAAGUUUUAAAAGAAUUUCCUCUUUGAAAGGAUUAUAGCAGUUUGAGUGUGGUGUACUCUCGCAACACAGCAGCUGUCCUGGAGCAGCGUCUUCUUGUUUUUUAACCUUUACAUGAGAUUUUUAAUGGUGCCAUGGCACCAGAAAUAGUUUUGUAAAGGAGAUGUUGUAAUAUGAACAAAAAUCUACAGAUAGAAAUGUUAAUUUGAGAAACAUAAGCGACAGCGAUAGGAGGAAAUGUUAAAGCCAAGAUCAAUAACCUCUUUCAAAUGCUUUCAUCAUUAAUAUAUCCAUCUGCUCUUUUGAUCUGCACCUCGCACCAUCAUUGGUUGCCCUCUCCCUGUCACUAUUCAGACCGUGGUAGAUGAGUGGCUGGACAGCUACAAGCGAAAUCGAGAGGCGGGGCUGCUGGUGCUCAUCAACUUCAUUGUUCGGUCCUGUGGAUGCAAAGGUCAGAGGUCAAGAGAGAGCCAACGCGUUGAGGGUCGGGAGUCAAAGUUCAAGAGAUUAUCUUUUCAAUUUCAGCUCAGGCAAUGAUCAGCAGUCAGCUAUUGAUCUCCCUGCAUGAUAACAAUGACAUGUCUUAGUGCUGUGUUGAUUGACUGUCUAUUGAUUAUGUGAGUAUUUAAAGGUGGAAUGAUCAUAAACAUAAAGUGAAGUCACAUCGUGGUAUUGGAUUUGAUCCCACAUUAAUUUUCUUAUUUUUUCUCUCCAGCCGUGGUGACCAGAGAGAUGUUUGACAUGAUGCAGAAUGCUGAAAUCAUUAGCACACUAACCAAAGAAUUCAACGAGGUGACUUUAGUUUUAAAAAAUUGCUAAAAACAAAGAUCUUUUCUCACAAAUCAGAGAGUUUUGCUUCUCAUUUAUAGUCUCUGUCUUAUCUUCUCACUUUCUGUAAUCCUGCUGAAAUUUGCAACAGUCAAACAACCUUCAUAUCCCAGGUGAUUAUGAUUCGAGGGAUUGAGUCUAGCGUGAUGGAACAUACUAAUUAAAAUCUAAUGAGGAUAAAUGGGUGCAUUGAUGAGUUUAAUCACUUUGUUUUGCCAGUGUUGUAAUUAGCAGCACAAACCCAAAGCUUGUGCCUGUUAUUACUUUACCAACCACGGUGUUACAUUCCUCCUCCAUUUCUUUUGUUUCCUCUCUUCCUCCAGGAUUCAGUGAACUAUCCUCUCAGCACCCCAGGCUCGCAACUGAAGCACUUCAAAGCCGGCCUGUUUGAGUUUGCUCGUGUUUUGGUGCGGUCCUGUCAGAACAGCCUUAUUUAUGAUGAGUACCUCUUCCCCUCCCUGCUGGCCCUGCUCACUGGCCUGUCUGACUCGCAGGUCAGGGCCUUCAGACACACCAGUACCCUGCUUGGUAAGCACACUCUGCAUGUGGUCAAGACCCUGCAGUUAAUGUAAAUACGAGACAGGUGCUGUAGAGGAUUCAUACUACACAUCUAUUGCCCACGGAUUGUGCCACUUUUGCUCACUGAGUCUUGAAUCUGGAUAAAAAUAUAUAACCUAGGAGGUACUACUUACCUUUCUACAUCCUUUCACACCACGUUCUGUCUUGUCAUCCUGCUUGCUCUCAUACUAGCGAUGAAGUUGAUGACCAGGCUGGUGGAAGUGGCCACGAUAGUGUCUGUCCAGCGACAGACCACACAGCGGCAAUACGACAUGAAGAACAACAACAUGGCGCGUUACAGAGACACUGAACAACUGGAAGAGCUGCAGGCCUCCAUCAGCGAGGUGACAAAUACACUCAUGCAAACACUGCGAUGAGAGGAGCGGAUUUCACAUUUGAAAAUGCAGACCAGGAAAUUAAGACCUUAUCAAUGUAACGCAUUCUGCAGGUGGAUUUUUUCAAUAAGGUUUUCUUGAUUAGAUAAAGACUAAAAUGAAAACAAGGACAGAUUUGGACCACAUGACAAGAAUAAUGAACACCAACAUUGCACAUAUUUCCUUUCAUCUGCACAGAUAAGAUUAUGUUUUUGCAAAUUACUUAUAAGAAGCUGGAAGAACUACAAUCACGCCAUGGAGCACAAGACUAUGAGUUACAAAAAUUCAUUUUAAAAGAGAGAAUAUUAGUGGCAGUACAUGGAGAUUCAGGCUCAUUAAGAGGUAAGCAAUCUCACCAAAGAUGAGAUUAGUGAAGCAGCUGGUCAUGUUUUUGACUGAAGAUACUUCUGUGGUUUGACGCUUGAGUCAGUGAUAUGAGGGAGAUGUGGAUUAGUUGCUAUGAUUAACAGCAGAUCAGUGAAAAUGAGUCAAGCGCCUGCGCCAGGUGUAGUCCGGUGGACUGGGGGACAUAUUUGUUCACAGUUUUGACUUUGCUUUUAUACACAAAUCUGUAUGUUUGUACUGCAGCUGCAGGAGAACGAAGCGCAGGUAUCCUCCAUGAUGAACGCUCUGUUUCGGGGUGUGUUUGUGCACCGAUACCGGGACCGUCUUCCUGAGAUCCGGGCGGCUUGUAUUGAGGAAUUGGGCAUUUGGCUGAAAACGGACCCAGAGGAUUUCCUGAACGACGGAUGUCUUAAGUAUCUUGGAUGGACCCUACACGACAAGGUAAACAUACAUACAUAUAUACCUACUGACUCAGUCAUUUCUGUAGUGAUUUACUGAGAAACUAAUGAUCCAAUAACCAACAAGAUGUUCACUCCUGUUUUCUGUUCCUUUUGGGAACCUUGGAUUGAAAUAACCUUUAGUCCUGCACUGAACUGUUUCAGUAUGCAUCUGCUCUUAACUGAAAUGCCAUACCCAAAUUGUUUGGUACAAAUAUGUCUACCUUAACACCCCCAAUAUAGAGAGCAAAAGCAGGUAGAACUCAAUUCACAGACUUGAUAUCAGCCCCCCUGCUGUGAUUUAAGGACAGUUUAAUUAUCUAUACAUAGAUGUUGGCAUGCAAAUGGAGUUAACAAUCAUUAUUGAUCAAAAAUGUCAUUUUGAGGGAAAAAAAAUUUGCCUCAUGCUGUUUGGAUUGUCUGAAAAAGCAGUUUUAGAGUUUUUUCCUCCUGAACUGACGAUUGUGAACCCUGAUGCUGCCAGUAUGCUAAAGCCAAGACUGAUUAAUCGAAAAUGAAUUACGAGAAAAAAGCUUUCCUUUCACGGCGCAUGCUGCCAAAGUAAACCAGACUUGAUUGUCAGCGUAAUGUACCAUCAAUCGCUUGAACUGAGAUCUUGGGGAUUAUGAUAAACCCAGAAAGGAUGCCUUUAAAAUGCAAACACAGUCAGGGUGCAGAACUGGUCUUUGCUGGAGUCAUUUAACACGUUUACUGACUGUAGAGGAACCAAUUACAAUGAAUUUGCAUUUGUAACUGGAGGAAGCUGUUUUUAUCAGAUGAUGAUUGUCGGUUAGCUCUCUGAUUGGGCGAUAGACGACAUAAACAAAGUGCCUCUAGCAUGUUAGUCCUUCAUUUAGCAGCAGUGGAGAUAGCAAUGACAAGAACUGCUGUGAACAGAGAGAUGUACUUUCCAUCAAAAUCACCCUCAUCUUCUAAUAACAUCCAACACACCAGAUUCAGUUUCAGAUUAUUUUGAAGUUCUCUGACAAUUUUCAAACCACAAGUUUUUUUCUCCCUAAUAUUGUUGAAAACGCGGCAAACAACAUCACGCCAGCAGCAGAAUCGUUUUCCACCACGUCUCAGCGGUUUACUUCACACAGCUUUAAGACUUUGAACUACCUUUUUAAAGUGUUUCUGCUUUUCUGCUCUGCCCGAGUGGAGCUCAUAUACACUCACAAACACAAAGAGAAAUGCCCGCUGUGAACAGACUUGGGCAGCAGUCUGUGUGGACUAUUAUAGAUGUGCGUGUGUGAGUGUGUGUUUGUAUCUGUGUAUAAUGGUUUUUCUUCUGCAUUCCUUCAGCAAAGUCCAGUGCGUCUGCAGUGUGUGCGAGCCCUGCAGGGUCUGUACCAGGAGAAGGAAUUCAUUGGCCGCCUGGAGCUUUUUACCAGCAGAUUUAAAGUGAGGCGUCCCCCUGGAUUGGAUUCACAGCUCAUUUAAUGCCUCUCUUCUCCUUCCUUUUCCCUUCUGUCUGCCUGUCUGUGUCAGUUUGCUUCCCUCGCCAUCUCCCUGUUAACUAUUGUUUCACCUUAUUGUAUUGUGUGCUUAUUUGCCUGUCUUUGUCUCCUGAUGUGUGCCCCCUCCCCUCAUUUUUACCCCCUUUUUUGAAUCACCAUUCCUCUUUUUUUGUUGCAGUCACUUCCUUUGUCUCGGCGUGUGUCUGGGUGUGUUAAUUGUUCCCAAUUCCUGAUGUUUAAUUAGCGCCUAUCAAACACUUUUAAGCCCCUCCUAAUCCACAUGUGCUGCAGCAGAUAAAUGGUUUAAUGCCAUGGCUGAGCGGUAAUCACUGGGUUUGUGUGCAUGCCUGCAUGUCUCUGGUUUUGGCUACAUUCACUCAUUUCUGUGUUUCUCUUUCAUGUCUUUCGGUCUACUGGUGUGACUGGGCAUUUGUCUGACUGUGUGGCACCACAUAUUCGAAUCUGUAUGUGUGCAGGAGAGGAUGCUCAGCAUGGUGUUGGACAAGGACUCUGACGUGGCAGUGGAAGUGGUCAAUCUGUUGCUGCUGAUUCAGAAGUGAGGGGUUUUCUUGUACAAUCCAAUUCAGGGAUUUCAACACGCCAAAUAAAGUACAUUUGAUUUCAUAUUUUUUCCACAUGUGCGUUUAGAAAAUUAGAGGCUGCUUUGUCCAGUCCCUGAACAAUAAUCCUGUCAAGACUUUCCCAAAUCAUCAUUUUAAUUAAACAAAAAAAAAAAAGCAGUGCAUGUUCAGCCUGGCAGUAUUCUUGCCUGGAAUGUAAAGUGAUAAUAACCACUCACUGCAAAUAUACCCCGCUUGCACACAAUAUAAGUUUAGUGUUGAACAAUAGAGGUGCAACGGUGACUCAUGAGUGUGACUGCAGUCUUUGUCAUGAGCAUUGGUGAAUCACAGAGUGAGUCAUUAUCUCUCAUGUUGGCAGACGAACUGCACCACAGACUCAAGUCCCAUAGAAAUCGGAUGAUUUUGGGAUUAAUGACAAGAAAAAAGAAAAAGUGAUGAAGAUAUUCAACAUCCAUCCCAACAUUUGGACUAUGUAUUUUUUUUUUUUUUUACUGGAAGUUUGAUAAAUUAACUAAAAAAAUCUUAGGGGAAAAACUGUAACUAUUGGUCCAUAACACUUGGGGAAAUAAAAGCUCCAAUUUAAUUGUUCAAACUAACUAACCUUUGAUUGUAGAACAGAAGAAGGCCUCAGGGAGGAAGAGUGCGGUCACAUCUAUCCGCUGGUGUACGCUUCACACAGAGGCCUGGCGUCUGCAGCUGGUCUCUUUCUCUGCAGCAAGUAUGUUUUCAUCCUUGGUCCAUCAUGUCACACAAAGAGGUGGAGGGGCCGAGUUUAGAUCUGUCAAACUAGUUUUUAUCUGAUGUAUAAUUCUUUUUUAUGGGAUGUUUUGUCAAAUGUCAACUUUAGAGUACUUUUUUGAGGGAUUAUUUUAAUACAGUACUUUAUUUAUUUAUUGUUUUACACUGUGAUGUAUAGAUAAGAACUUUAUCACCAUAUAAAUGGGGCCUCAGACAUUAAUCGAAGCAGCCCGUCCAGAUCUUUAGUUACUGCUGUUGAAUGUGAUUGAAACUUGGUGUGUGUGUUUUUGUGUGUCUUAGGCUGAGAAGUGUCAUUUCCAGUGAGAAUGUGGAGACAGAUAAAAGUGUCCAUGCAUCCUUCAUUCAGAUCCUCAUCUCCUUCUACAUCCAGAGUGAGGUAACGUCUCUUUUUUGACUUCUUUUUUUUCCCCUUUUUCCAAAUCAUUCUCCAUCUGAUCAAAAGUUAAAUCAUUUCAUAAUACCAUUCAAAUCUGUAAGGCACAGUCUGCGCUCGGUAUUGUGUCGGUAAUGACUGCCGUGUGAUAAAAAAAUUAGUCGGUUGAAUAUAGAAUUUUUAAUAUAACUCCAGAUUUUUUAGUUAAAAGGGAAAAUUUCUGGGUCUUGUCCAAAUCUAAAUAUUUCUAUUGUGGGACUUGUGUUUCAUUUUAAUCAUAAUUAAACAUUGUCAGUUAUUAUUGAUUGUGUGUUAGUAAGAUAAUUAGGUUCACUAGGAUAGGAAAGUGUCUGUCCACCACAUCUCUCUGCUUCUCCGAGCUGCUGUCAGGAGGAGUUUUAUUAACAGCAGAAAGAGACUUAAAAGACCAAAAUAAUCAAUAGGAAAUCCUUUGAUUGAAAUUCUCAAUUAUUAGAAAAAAAACACGAAAUACAGAGCUGCACAAAGCAGUAAAGGAAAAUCUUACCAUAUUGAUGUUAUUCAGUUCUGCGCUGCUCUAAUUCAUCAAGAGUUGGUUUGUAAUGAUAGUUUGAUGCUCUGCCUGCAAUUUCAGAGGGAGAUUUUUCAGUAAAGAACUGUGUUUAAUAUUUCUGGUUUACCAAGUCAAGUACUGUCAGUUUUCGGUCUUAAAGUCAAGUCUUUGCCUGACUCAAGUCUGCGACCCCAGUCUCCUUUAACCCUAUCCUUCUGAUUGGUCCCUAAGGGGAACGUCCUCUUUCCCUUUCAGACCUCGGGUUUGAGCCCAGUUAGGAUACAUUAGUUGGAUAGUUUUUUGAAAGUUUUGAAGUUUUGAAAGUUGUACACUAAACAUCAUGAUUGUAUUUCCUUUGUGAACCCUGCAGUGACUACAAAAAAUAAAGAUCUCAUAGCUCAGAAACACUAAGUUGUGAGGAUAAUCAAAAUUAACUCAGCCCCCCUCUCAACAGUUCCAUGAGCAUGGUGCAUACCUGGUGGACAGUCUGUGGUCCUCAGCAGGAUCUGAGCUCAGAGACUGGGAGACCAUGACGGCACUGCUGCUUCAGGACUGUGGUGAGGACUGACGUUUAGACCACAUUUCUAUAUAGACAGAUGAACGUUUGAGUGGCUGCCAAACUGUGAAUCUCUGAUGAAACUGUACAGCAUGUAAACUGAAGUCUCGCACUACCAGAAAUAUCUACACUUAGAGAUUGUAGUCAAUAGUAAAGCAGAACUCUUAUAGUUGGCAUUAUGCACUCUCAGCUAUCACCCACUCAGCUCUGCACCUAACUGUAUCUCUGUGCUGGCAGGUCUGUCGUAUGAGGAGGAGGGGGCUCUCAUAGAGCUGAUGAUGUGUGCGAUCAGACAGGCGGCACAGGCAACCCCACCUGUUGGGAGAAGUCAGGGCAAAAAGGUCGGGACACAUGCAGACAAACGCAUGACAAGUCUCUGAAGAGCGCGGGGGGCGAGGGAGAUGCCAUGUUUGUUUCACUUCAGAUGUACCUGUCAUACAAAAAGUCCCAGUAUUACAGCAGGGAUUUACACUUGUGCACCAAAUUUAGAUUUUUAUACGCAUGAGCACAUUUUUAUUUGAAGACAGGUCUUUACAUUUGAUUAAAAAAGUGGAUCCUGUUGAUAGAAGUAGAGAAAUCGCACACACUGCUACUCUACCUCAGUGGUUAUGACCUCCUCCCCAUUGAAAUGAUGUGACUGAAAGUACGUGUGUGUUUAGGUCCUGAGUAUGAAGGACAAGAAGAUCCAGGAACAGGACAGGAGGCGAAUCACCACACACUUCAUCCCCCAACUACCACAGCUGCUGGCUAAGGUACACCCUCAUACUGGAUAACACCAUUGUUACAUAUUUUAAUUACACUUCAGACACUGACGGCUGAAGCUGCCAAGGAGUAAUUAGGAGGGUUGGCAAAGCAUCAAAUGAGCUACCAGCUAAAACAUGGCACUAAUGAGGCACACUGUGCAACUUGAGUUCUACGUUUUUUUUAGCUCAUACUGAAGAAAAGGCUUUAAUUACCCUGAGUAUUAUGUAUGUAUAUUUAUUUUGAUGGUAUUUUUAAACCGCCGCGCCUUCAUCCUCCUCUUCUCACUGACCUUCAGUAUUCAGCAGACUCAUCGAAGGUGAGCCUCCUUCUCAAAGCUCCUCUCUACUUUGACCUUGAGAUGUACAGCAGCUCUCCAAAGCUGGAAAAGGUAGGAGGGAAAUGAGGAAGUGCCAUAAGCUAUAUCCUUGAAUAAAAACAGAUCAAAUGUUCUUCAAAAGUUACAUCGUGUUCCCUCGAAAUCAGACUUUCUUUCUCUCUCCCGUGGAUCCUCCUACUCCCACUUCAUCAUACUUGAUAAAUAUUUCCCUGAGAAAUCCACAGGAGAAGUGAAAGUGGAGAAGCGUGAGAACUGAGCCGCUGCCACAAAGAGGCGAUUUUUAGGGCUUUUUGUUGUAGUGAUGACUUCCCAGUUAAUGAUCUUCAAAUUAUCAAACAGGGAGGCAAGAUAAACACGCCAGAUAUCAAGGAAGAAAAGCAAAAAAUGAAAACAUUGAUCAGUCAGGUCAGGCUAAGUUGAGCGUCAACUUGGGUGAUUCAAAACUCAGUUGAUCAGGAAUGCAAACUAAAACCACUUAAGAGUUAUACGUGAGAUGAACGAGGUGAUUUGGGCUCUGAAUUGUUGGAGAUGUGUCACUGCAUGAGACUCUAAAAAGUGAUCUAGUGGUCACUUGGUUCUAAACUAGGCCGGAGAAAGAAGCGGGUCCAUUCAAUACAAAUGUAAAUAUAAAAAAUAAAGUGUUGAAAUGGUAUACAGCUGCCUUAGUGUAGUGCCAAUACAAAAGCAGCACGAAAAACUAAAAAAUAAAGAAGUGGCUGACAGUGUGUUCAUCUCUGUGCUCACCCAAAGUCAUGCAACACUCACAGAAAACACAGAUAGUUUGAGCCAAAGCUCUCAAUAUGAAGAGGUUGUUCACACUGCUUACAGCCAUAGACUGGAGGUCCACCAGCUCUCUGUUGUCGUCCAAAAACAAUCCUCUCAUCCACAAAUCCCUAUUGGUGACCCAGAAUGUUCAAAAUAGGGUCGUCAACAUCAUUUCUGUCAGUAUCACUACCUUCGCUAAGGCUGGAGGCUGCUCUCUGCCUUCAUCAUUGAUUACUUUCCUCACGAAGCAUGUAGCAAGAUCCGAGCAUGAAUCUGAGCGCUUUAUUAGCCUAUCAGAGACAGAUGGGUAUGAUGAUUUGAUUCGCCACGACUCCAGAAAUGAUUGAAAAACUACAGAAUGUGACAAAAUGACGUAUCCGUGCUCCCGGCUUGAAGGGUAGAAAUGCGCGGUGGUAACACAACACUACAAGUGCUCAGCAUCAAGUUGCGCGGCCCACUCAAACAAAUAUGACAAGCCCACCUGUCUUCAUUAUUUUGUCUAAGUUCUCUCUCGAACCUCUUCUUUAGUCAUCAGUAUGUCCUCAGUUUGUGAGUCGUUGCUGCUCUCUGCUCGUCUCACCUAUCCUCUGUUUCACCUGUAAUACCUUCAUCUGCUCCUCACCUCCCUCCUCCCCCAUCCCUCUCCCCUCUGCCAGUAUCUGGACCUGCUGCUGUCCCAGGUAUGCAGCAUUGUGGAGAAGCACACCGAAGUCACAGUAUUGGAGGCUUGCGCACACCUGGUCAACGCCUUGAGCUCCGACCGCUACACUUUCUCCUCCCGCGCACACUUGGCAUUCAGCCAGCUGCUGGACGGCCUGACGGACUGUUUCAGCACAUACAUAAGUGACCUGCUGCAGGUAGGGUAUCAAGUUCAGCUUGUGCUAAAUGAAAAAAGGAAGGUUUGUAAAUCCAUUUAUAUCAUAUAAGGAAAGAAUUGAACAUUUCUUUGUAAAUUCCAUUAAAUUUAAAGAUCGCCACAUUCAGAGGCUUCAAGAAAAGAUUUUGUCUUAAAACAAAAUAUUUUUGCCACGCACAAUCUGUCAUAAACAGAGCUUUGAGGAAUCAGUUAGACUGUUCUGAUAUUCUUUAUGUAUAUGGAAAUACACCCAGUAUUUAACGAUUUAACACAUGAUUACACACAAAAAUUACAAGAGUGGGAAAAGAACUAAAGACCUGGAUCGAAGUUAUAAAUGUUGGUGCUUUUAUUGAAAGAAUGUGACUUUGGUAGUGAUUUGAUUUACUCUUUAUCUGUGAACUUUAUGUGUGUAUAUAUAGGUGCAAGUAUUGUACAAAAAUAAUUGUAAAAAACGUAUUUAAGAAGUUGAAAGUGUAAUGUUCUUCUUUUCAUUGCAUGUCCGCUAAAAUGUUUCGGAUGAUUUUUUUAAAUUUGAUUUUUAUGGCCUACGGCUCAAAAAAUGUGACAGUGUUUUAUUUUACAUGGUCGCAGAAGAAGAUAAGAAAGUUAAUCUUUUGAAAUUGAAUUAUGAAAAGUUGAGAAACACCUGUAUGUUCACUAGGGCACUGCCGAUGAUGAUGAACUCUACAACGCAGCCAGUGCGCUGAAAAGGAUUGCAGCACUGAGCAGGUGGGUAUGUGUGCUCCUUUGUUGCUAACCCUAAUACACAGAGGGCCUAAUAGAGAUGUAACUGUGCGUUUGUGUCAUCCAGCGGCAAGGACGUGACUGGCUGGAAGCUGUUUGAUUCCUGUCUUGAGCUUCUGAAGAGCAGGAUCGAGUCUGGAGAGUUGGAUAAGGAGGUCAGUGAUCGAGAGACACACUUUGAUACCUGAGGGGGGAGGGCAGAGUUGGGAUGGUAGCAGUUGUGAGACUCGGUGGUUCUCAUCCUUGGAAAAUCUAAGAUUAGAAGAUUACAGUUCAAUAUUGGUCAUUAUCAACAAGUUCUGGAGGCAAAUGAAACAUUAUCUCAUCAUAAUUGCAGCAAACACUCAGACACUUUGCUGUUCAAAAUAAAAACACAGCUCCAGUCUUUACCUGCCCAGGUAUGGUUGUAGGUGGCAUUACUGAGGCAUAGGACGUACAACAGACUGUGAUUUAAUUAGCAUUAGCUGUGAGAUAGAGCCCUAAACCAAAAUGACUGCCUUUUACCACCUUUAGCCCUUUACCACCGCUGAUAUGAAGAAGUGAUUUCAUCUGGUCCUUUGGUUUGAACUUCACGUGCAUCGAAUCAGGAACCUGUUUGCUUGCAGUCGGUUUCUGGAUCCUUUUUCUUUUCUUUGAGUUUGUUGCAACAAACUACUCAGCCGCAACUUUCCCUCCAAACUUCUGGUCCUGCCUGUUCCCUGAUUAAUGAAGAUGUCGCCUCAGCUCUUCUGAACGAUAUUUUUUGUUUAACAUUUUCUUGAUAUUGACUUCAUGUCACACCCUGUCUGAAUUCAUUAAAACUGAAAAAACACUUUUUAUAUUUGGGCAAAAUAAUUGUUUCUCCAAGUCCUCAUCUUGCUGCCACCCCCAGCCUUUGAAUAAAUGUUGUUCCAUUUAGACAGAUAUAUAUAUAAAUACGGUAGAACAGUUCUGCCUUUUUUUUAUGUUUUCUCAGAUUUUAACUUUCUUUCUGUGUAAUUCCAGCUCAUGGUGCCAGCUCUGAAGUGCUCAGCCUUUCACCUGAUGUGGGCCAAAGUGAAUGCAGUCAACUCCACACCAUCUGAGGUGCUUCUUCUCUCUUUAAAUGCAGUUUUCUUAACUUGGAUUCAGUUUGUAUCGGAUCAAACUGUUAUUUUAGUCUUUCACACUCUUAAUGGACUCUCAGAGCUGCCAGCUGACCUACCUCAGAAGUGACGCUGUAAGCAGCACACUUUAUUGAUUACCAUCACCUCUACAGUCUGAUAACGGUUUAAAAAAACUUUUGGUUCUAUUGUGGAGCUUUCUCAUCUGGCUUUAUGAGUGUGUUUGUGUGUAUCUCAGCUGAAACGGCACACACAAAUGUUUGUUUCCCAGGGGUUCACACUUUGUUGUUUUCAUUACAGCUCAUUUCUGCGGCUCAUCCUCCUUCUGCACUCUGUGCUAAUUUUCCUCUUUUUUUUCCGCCCUCUUUGACACACGUCAUUGUAACUCAUUUACCAACUUAGGAGAACAGCAACAGGGGAAUUCUCUUUUACCCGUUUUUAUUUGUCAGAGGAAGAACUCAAACUGGGGGGAAAUGUGCUGAAAUUAUCCUGAAUUUGGAUUCAUUCGUCGACAGAUGGAAACCACCUCUGAGUUGACAGUCUUCAAACCUUCUUGUUAAAUGAGAUGCUGCGCUUCUUUUCUCUAACGUGGAUCUUGAUCGUACCCAUGUCUGAUGAGGCCCGUAGUCAUGAACAGCUGACCCUAUAGAGGCUGAAUUGCAGUCUUGAUGUUCAGAUGAUGUUGAUAACUAUCCUUUUACCUUGUUGCUGUUCUUCACACACACGUAAUCAUCAGAUAAAUUUGUCCCUCCGUCACUUUGUGUUGCAGGCAGAAUUGAAGCAUCUGAAGAGGGAAGUGCGUUCAUUCUGCAGAGUCUGUCAGUCCUGUUUGUCUCUGAACCAAGCCGAGACCAGAGACCAGGUUUGUUUGUUUGUUUUGCCACUUGCUGCUUGUUAUAAGCUUUAAAGAUAUUUCUUUAACAGACCCUGAAGUGUAUUUAGGACGGCUUUGGUAAAAUAAUAGAAAGAUCCUAAAUCUCAGGUAGGUGUGCCACAAGAGGAGCUUAAUGUAAUAACUCUUAAUCGUCCGGGGGACUCAGUUUGAUUUAUUGGGUGAGGUAGUGACAUUUCUGCACCUUCAUGUCGUUUGUUUUCACACUGCACUUGUUGUAAUGACUGUGGCGGCAUUGUCCCAAACAAACACUAGUGAAGAAGAAGAAGAAGAAACUGAUCAUCACAGAAAUCUGUCCCCUUUGGCCGGCUUAUUCACCACAUUAACAAUGGAGCAACACCUCAUUGACACAGCUUUAAGGUUUCUGCUCCUGCUUUGGUGUUUUCACCAGAAGGUGCCCAGUAUGAGCAGCAGAGGCAGUGAGCGGUCCAAGAUUUUGUUCGUCACAUGACAAAUCGAUCAGUACCAUAGAAGAACGUGAGCCCUAAUGAGAACAGGAGACUGCAGUGUGUUGGCAGGGUUGCACAGACAGCGCGCAAGGUGUUGACACACAGAAGUACUGCGCUUUAUGCCAAUUCCUGUAUUUGGUUUUUAAGAUAGUCUGCUUUAGUUAAACACCUCUAGGGAACUGCUCCAGAGUUUGCUUGGAGAGGAACUGCUCCUUUGUUUUCUCGACUCUCUGCCUCUCAUUACAGAAGGAGUUCUCAGACAGGCCGUUUGUGUAAAAACUUCAUUUUGACCCAUGAAUGUGUGUGUCCUUUCCACAGGCUUUUGAGCUGCUCUGUGACUUGCUGCUCUUGUACAGCACAAGUGCGGCUCGGUCUGAACCCGCUCUCCAAACUUUGGUCCACUUGCCGUCUGAUUCCCUGCGCUCUGAGAUGGCUGCUUUCCUCCUGGACUAUGUCUUCUCUGACACCGACCCUGAGCUCAACGGUAUUCACUUACUCUGCAUGUUUGCGUUCAUUUUUGGUCCCUCUACAUCAGCACUUCAUGGUUUAAAGGAUCCAGUUAUCCUCUCUAAUUUUAAACUGCAGUAGACUGACGGUGUUUCCUUCUGGAUGUGUAGUGUGUAUGAAGUACACUGUUGAGUUUUAACCGUGCCAACACUCUCCCAGCGGAGCCAACCAUCAUUUACGCCUGCAGACAUAGCUUUUGAUGUCUUGUUUUGAGAAUGUGCCGCUGUAACAAGUCUUUUUUUGUUCUGUAUUUCAAAAUGUACUGCCAAUUCCCAAGCCAAAACCUGCUCUUUCAUCACAGCAUUCAGUUCUGCCUGUGUCUCAUAAACACUUACUAAGUGUUCGUCUCUGCUUUUACAGUCUAUGUAUUUCAUCUCAACUGUCACUGCCAAAUCACACGAUCUUCUUUUCUUUCCCGUCGCUCCAUUCUUCUCUGUCCUCUCUUUCUUUAGUUGAAAGUGAGGAGGAGGUGAGGAUAACUCUUCUUCAGAGGAAGCGCAACCAGCUGGCCGGCUACUGUAAGCUGGUCAUCUAUGGCGUGCUGGACCUCACUGCGGCUACUGAUGUCUUCAAACACUACAGCAAGGUUUGAGAUGGAGGAAAGGGGUUUAGAUGGAUGGAUGGUUAAGCUCCCAUUUCCCCUCUCUAGACAGGUUUUCUGUUAUAUUGGUGGCAAAGAAGAGCAGUGAAUAUAAAGAUGGUAAAUUUAAAGGUUGUGUUUUCACAUUAGCAGAGGAGGGAAGACAGGAACGAUAAGACACAAUCCUGCCUAGACUGUUUUCACACUUGUAGUUUGUUCCCUGUCUGAACACACUUGCAUCAGCACCCAGUCUGAUACAUAAGCACACAACUGGUUUGCAAAUCUACCAAGAAGCUUCAGUGGCAACCACUCAGGUCAUGAACUUGGUGACAUUUGUUCAUAUUCAGUCCAUCCUGCUGCUUUGGAUGGUUUUAUUAUGUUGGGGACUCUAUCCCAACCCCCUCACUGACCUCCCUACUUAAAGGGAUAUUCCGGCGUAAAAUUAAUUUAGAGUCAAACACACCGUAACACGGAGUUAGACACCCCCUCGAGAGAUGAAUGUUGCUGACCGCUUGCUUCUCUAGUUAUAGCAACUUUAGUAACGACCGCACAAUAGCAAUUCACAGCGGUCUGAGGAGCCAUAAACGAACCUCAACCAAAACACCACUCUAUAGCCACAAAUAAUGCUCAGAACAGCACCUAACUUCAUCAACAGUACAUAUAGGGUCCCAGCCAUAAUACUAGCCACCAAACAUCUUUUUACUUUUACCUAAUUUCUUUAGCAAAGAGACUAAACACAACUCACCCACUCUCUUCCAGCAGCCGCUUGUUUGUAGCGAGACCUCAGGCCAGUCCAUUAUGGACUGCAGCGGGGUGACACAGCUCAAGGAAGAACAUUUAUGAUCAUUACUUUAGGGAAAUGUAAUCAGACCGAGAUGCUAAGGCAGAAGAACUACGGCAUCAUAAAUGUUCUUCCUUGAGCUGUGUCACCCCGCAGCAGUCCAUAAUGGACUCGUCUGAGGUCUCCGUACAAACAAGCGGCUGCUGGAAGAGAGUAGGUGAGUUGAGUUUAGUCUCUUUAUUAAAGAAAUCAGGCAAAGUAAAAAAGAUGUUUGGUGGCUAGUGCUAUGUCUGGGACCCUAUAUGUACUGUUGAUGAAGUUGAAGAAGGUGCUGUUCUGAGCAUCAUUUGUGGCUAUAGAGUGGACUUUUGGUUGAGCGCAUGGCUCUCUGUUUUGCUGUCUGCGGUUGUUACUAAAGUUGGUAUAACUAGAGAAGUAAGAGGUCGGCAACAUUCAUCUCUUGACGAGGUGUCUAACUCGGUGUUACGGUGUGUUUGACCCUAACUUAAAUUUCACGCGGGAAUAUCUCUUUAAACAUCCUCGUCAUAGAGCUCACAGAUUCACCAAAACCUCUUCACUCGUGUCUGUUAGUCAAAUAGCCAAACCAUAAAGCAGCCCACUUCCUUAUUUGAGCCCAGGUACAGUCACUGCUCCCAGAGAAGAUGCUGAAGUUCACAUAAAUUAUCCUUGAGACUUGGGCCAGUGUCUGAGUCCAGUACAACUGUGUUUGUUUUAACCACAUGAACUGAACUUAAGGGCCAACUUUGGCGCUCGCAUUCAAGCCUGAGUCCAUCGUGAGGAUUAUCAUUUGAAGAAUUUCAUUGGGUCAAAACACAGGAUGUGCCAGAGAGGGUGGCGGAGGACGAGAGUCUGUUAUAGAACCGGUGAAGUGCUAGAAAUGAGUCAGAGUGAACAGUGGAUGACUGAGAGGAAGUGGAUUAUUUUAACGCUUUUAGAUAUUGAGAACACGCUGUAAAUGAUCCUAACAAAACCUCCUUCUUUUAUUUUCAGUACUUUAAAGACUUCGGUGACAUCAUUAAAGAGACAGUGAGCAAGACCAAGCUCAUCAGUCCGGUCCAGAGCGCCAAGACCGUUUGUCUGAGUCUGCAGCAGGUGUGCAUGUACACAGUAUUGAUCCUCAGAUUCUUUAGCGUUUGUUUUUUUAAGGUAGUUUGAUAGUAGUAUGAUGUUAAGACUGUUUGAAACUGAUAAUAAAUUCGUUGAGUGUUUUCUCUUUUUUAAUAGCAGCUUUCGAAUGAUUUGACCGUGUGCUGUUUGAACACCAGGGAUAAAGUUUUGAGGCUGUUUUGUCUGAAGACUGUGAUUGCGCUCAGUUAUUUUUGUGUGCUCAGCUGUUCUCGGAGAUGCUGACGGAGAACCACAGCCCGCAGGAUCUUAAUGAGAUUAGAGUUCUGGCCAAGAGGCUUGCCAUGAGCUUUGGCAUCGAUCUUCACCGUGCCCGCAAACCACUGGUAGCCCUGCACAUGUAAGUAUCACACCUGUCUCCGACAAACAAAAACAGAUGGGCCCGCGAAGUUCGACUUUACAUCUUGACAUCUGACAGCUGUGAAAGCAGUCCGAAUACGGGGGACGUAGAAGAAAAUCAAUGUGAUGUUUCAUUUUUUGCUGCAGUUUGUUUUUCAUGCAGGGCUGUCGUCUUUCGUUGCUCUUAGGGACGGUAUAAAUUUUGCAUUCCGGGACCAACCGGACGAAGAAGAGCAGCAUCCAAAUGUGACUUUCCUGGUGAUCCUCAGCGAAUUCAGUUUUAAGUUGCUGCCGCAGGACCGCGCCCAGCUGUGAGAAACUCAGACCUGCACAUGAAUACUGUGAAAAAACCUUCCCUGUACUGAUGGAUUGAGUUUAUAGAGUCAAGCCUUUUAGACCUCAAUGAAGAUUUAGAGAAAACUGACAAGAAAAAUGAUGCUCAUCUAAUUAUUUUUAAGUCCUAUUCUGUUACUUUUAUUCAUCCAAACAUCAUUAUAAAGGUUCUUCUUGAUUUGAUUGGUGACUCUGUCCUACUAAACACAGAUAUCCAUUAAAAACAAGCCUUAAUAAGGACUUUUUUUUUAGAAAUCUUGUCAACAUCUAACCCUAAUAUUUCAUUCUGGAGAAUUUGGUUGAAUUUUGGCCUGAAUAUCAAAUAUCGGGUUUCUCUCAUUGUCCAUACCUCGGUGCCUCUCUCCCAUCUCCUUUCAGGGCUGCGUUUCUGGAGUCUGAGUGCCCCGAUGCUGCCCUCUCCUGUCCACCAGUGAGAAUGUAUCGGCGCUCUUUGGAGGUCCGCUCAGCCUCUCGAGCCAGAGAGCAUGCAGAGGAAGGCAGUGAUGUGCCUUCACUUGAUACCCCUGCAACUAAGCGCAGGAGGACUACUCCUCAGGGUGAGAAAGGUAUGUAGAUGUGUAUAAUGUUACAUGAUAAUGCUCAGAUUUCAUGUGACAAGACAGAGAAAGAACUUCAUUUUGAAAAUGAGUUCAAAUGUAUCUUUAAAAAAACAGAAAAUAGUGUUAAUGUCCAUGAUUUAAUUCAUGCUGGAUGUUUUUAUUAAACAAAUAACCCUUGUGGAAUAGCUUGACUCUUGAAAAUAAACCUUUAUCAUGUGGUGCGUCAAUAUUUCAAAGUAUUCGUUCGACGGUGAAGGACCAAGUGACUUGUUAUCUGUGUAUUUUUCAAACUACAGAGACUCUUCACUCAGAAAUAUUUCUGUAAAACCCUCCUGUAAUCGACUUUGGUCUCUUGUAGGUUCUGCGCCCAGCACAGGCAACAGAUCCUGGUUGGACAACAGCAGCAUCCACAGUAGCCUGGACACCCCUGCCCUCACCUCCACCGCUCAGAGACAGCCCACCAAGCCGCCAACCUCCAGAAAGCCGAGCGCAGCAGAGUCAGACUCUGGCAGCGACCCAACAGAGCCAGAGCCAGAACCAGAACCAGAGUCUGAGGAUGAGUUCUCGGCGGGGUGAGUAGUUGUUUUAUCAUCAAAACAGGACAAACCAACUUGUUCCGAGGUUUCAAUAUCACUGCCUCUAAUGCGCCAAAUGGUGAAAGUUUUCAUGUAUCAACUUCAUUUAUCACCAUGCAGCAGCCAGAAGUCAGCCACUCUCUGUUCUGCUCUGGAUGAACAAGUUCAGCAGUGUAAACAGACAAAAGGCUGCUUAGUUUAUCAGUCAGCUGCUGUGAAAGAGGAGGAAAAAGCUCGCUGUGUGCAAGCUGCAGCUGCAGAAACAUAAUUGACUCCACAAGUGAAGAUCCUGCCCUCACUCUUUCUUCCUGUGGUUGAAAAAGUGAUUUAUAACAAUUUCCCUCAUCUGUUAUCUCAUGUACAAAUACAGCUGCAGACAGUAGAUAAAUACUUUAAAGUGCAGAAGGAAGGAGAGUUGAGAAGUUGUUUGAAACCUUUUCACCGUACAGUUGAAUCUGUAAUGAAAGCUUGGCCCAAAAUGUCCCUCCUACUGCUCGACAGGUAUCAGCUGCGAAAGGUGAGGCCUGUAAAACCUCGACGACGGCAGCCCUCGUCCCGCCAGACCAGCUCCAAUGUGGAUCAGCAAGAUCUGAACUCCCACCUCACCUUGUAAGACUGACACGGUUUCUCUACAGACAUUUUUAGUCAUUAAAAAACUGGAUUACAUGCAUCGUGUUGUUAACAAUCCUUUUCAGAGUGAACUGUAUUUUCCCCUCAGGCUUUCUCUGUUUGAGGAUGAAGACGAAGAACGAGCAGAAGCUGAGAAUGAAGAAAAUGCGAAGAAUGACUCAGAGCCUGAAUCUGAAUAUACACUGGUAAAAGAAAUAACUUCCACAUGCUGACCAUGACAUUUGUAACAAAUGACAAACACACUGACAGACGGUUGAAUGUGCCUGUGAUGAUGGAGUCACCUUUAAAUUUGACAUGAAAGUUAGAAAGUUUUUGCUUUAAUAUUUGAGAUGUUCAAAGCAUUAUUUCUGAUCCAUGUUAUCAGUUCAAACUGCACCUUGUGGCUUACACUUACUCUAUGUUGGUGCAAUAUAGAUGAGAAGGUGGGAAAGGGACUUAAAAAUGUUUUUUUUUUUCCCUCUGCAGCGCUCCACUCAUCACACCUCCACCAGCAUUCUCGAUGAGCUGUUUGACUGA